GUUCAGCUGCCUUUUGUAAAUCAGUCUCAACCGUCAGUCUCAUUUUUGUUAAUUUUGGGCACAUAAUCUUCUUCCAUCGUCGUCAUCUCCGCCGCUUCCUAGCCGGUGCUUGCCGUCGAUAAGGUCCAUCUUCAGUGGUGAUUAUGGACAGUCAGAUUAUACGCUUGAAUUGGAGGUGCAAUUUCUUGGUUCAACAACGUAGGGCGCGGAAUUUUCGAACUUUGUGUGUUCCGAAGUCUGCUUCUUUUCAAACUCCUGAUUUUCCCGGAGGAAUUUUGGUUAAAGGCAUAAAGUGUUCAAUGAAGUCUUAUAAGUUAUCUGAACUUAAUCAGGAUGCUCUCACUGGUCUAAAGGCCCGUCCUCGUAUUGAUUUUUCUUCAAUAUUUGGUGUGGUCCAGCCCAUUGUUGAUGAUGUUCGAAAAAGAGGUGAUGCUGCAGUUAGAGACUAUACUGCAAAGUUUGACAAAGUUGAACUGAACGAGAUUGUUGUUAGUGUCUCUGACCUGCCAGAGCCAGAGCUUGAUUCGGCUGUCAAAGAAGCCUUUGAUGUAGCUUAUGACAAUAUAUAUGCAUUUCAUGCUGCCCAGAUAUCGGUGGAAAAAAAUGUUGAAAAUAUGCCUGGGGUAAAAUGCAAACGGGUGGCAAGAAGCAUUUCUUCUGUUGGUCUCUAUGUUCCUGGGGGAACUGCGGUUUUACCUUCAACGGCUUUGAUGCUCUCUAUUCCUGCUCAGAUUGCUGGUUGUGGUACUGUUGUUCUUGCAACACCUCCCAGUCAGGAUGGCAGCAUAUGCAAGGAGGUGCUCUAUUGUGCGAAGAAGGCUGGUGUGACUCACAUUCUUAAGGCAGGAGGAGCUCAGGCUAUCUCUGCUAUGGCUUGGGGGACAGAAUCUUGCCCUAAGGUUGAGAAAAUUUUUGGCCCUGGUAAUCAAUAUGUAACAGCUGCCAAAAUGAUUCUUCAAAAUAGUGAAGCGAUGAUCUCAAUUGACAUGCCUGCGGGCCCUUCAGAAGUUCUGGUUAUUGCUGAUAGAUAUGCCAGCCCCGUUCAUCUAGCAGCAGAUCUGCUUUCCCAGGCCGAGCAUGGCCCUGACAGUCAGGUAGUUCUUGUAAUUGCCGGUGAUGGUGUGGAUCUUAAAGCUAUUGAAGAAGAACUCAGUAAACAAUGUAAAAGUCUUCCAAGAGGAGAGUUUGCUUCAAAAGCCCUGAGCCAUAGUUUUACUGUGUUUGCUCGCGAUAUGGUGGAGGCAGUCUCCUUUUCAAACUUAUAUGCACCUGAGCAUUUAAUAAUUAAUGUCAAGGAUGCAGAAAAAUGGGAGAGUUUCAUUCAGAAUGCAGGUUCUGUCUUCUUGGGGCCAUGGACCCCAGAAAGCGUGGGAGAUUAUGCAAGUGGGACAAAUCAUGUUCUUCCAACCUAUGGUUAUGCACGGAUGUAUGGUGGAGUUUCGCUUGACUCGUUUUUAAAAUACAUGACAGUACAGUCUUUGACAGAGGAAGGUUUAAGAAAACUUGGUCCCUAUGUUGAAAAAAUGGCUGAAGUUGAGGGACUGGAUGCCCAUAAAAGAGCUGUAAGUCUUCGAUUGAAGGAUAUUAAAGCCAGGCAAAUCUCAAGUUCAAGAUUUUUUGAUCAUUGGAGAGGUUUCAAGCUGUUUAAAAGCACUUGGUAUGGUUGAUGAUACCAUAACACCUGGUAAGUACAACCACUUAUCCUGUCUGUUUCUUUAAGAAACGAUUACAUUGACAUAAGGUUACAAUAAAGGAUGAGAAAAUGAUGCCAAAUAAAUUUUGUAAUUUAAUGGCAUAAAGGGCAUUGACAUUUUAAUUCUCGGAAGGAAAGGCAAGUUUUACACUGGGAAAGGGCCACAAAGGAGUCAAAUAGCCCAUGGCCAAAGCAUAAGAAAAAGCUCUAGUAAAGUGGAGAGCAUCUUCUUUUUCCUCGUCCUUGGACGAACCAGAUGUGGAUAAGACAAAACUUACAUAAGAUACCAUCAUAAGAAUAAUUUACUUAGAUGUUUGUGAUUAUCAGUUUGGUUUUAUUCUUUUAGAUUGGACUCCCUUUGUUGACUUAUUUUUCUUAAUGUUCUUGUAAAUUCUUUCAUUUUUAUCGAUGAAACUCGAUGUCUACUUAA